GUGACACAGCAGCGCCGGCGCGGGGCCGGGCGCAGCGCGGGGAGGCUGCGGCCGGAGCGGGGCCGGGCCGGGCCCUCCGCCGCUCAUGGCCCUGCCCGGGGCCCGCUCCGCCCGCCCGGAGCCCGGGGAGAGCCCGGCCCUGAGCCCGCAGCGCCGCUGCGAGCGCAGCGGAGCGGCCCCGGCCCCCGCGGAAAAGCCCUGAGGGAGGCGGGAGCCGGCGGCGAGGAGGAGGAGGAGGAGGAGGGGGAGGAAGCGAGGGAAGGAGCCGGGGGAAAACAGGACAGAGAAGAGCUCGGAGCGGAGCCCGGGAGCGGCCGGAGCGCGCCGGAGGGGACCCCCGGAGAGCCGCGCCGAGCGCCCGCAGCCAACGCCGGACCUGCCACCCCUCCUUGGGGACACCGAGCCGCGCCGUCCCCUUCCCGCUGGAAUUCCGCUUCCCGGCAAAUCCCAGCCUCUCCUCCUCCUCCUCCUCUUCCUCCUCCUCCUCCCGCUGCUGCUGCUGCUGGCGGUGCCACCGCAGGGCCCGGCCGUGUCCCCCGCAUGGUGCGCCGCGAUCGCCGCGGGCCGCGCUAAGAUGGUGAGAGCUGCCCGCGCCGGGCCGGGCGGGGAGCGCGAUGGACACGGGCCCGGCGAUCCCGGCCGCGUAGGGAACGAUGGACUCGCGGAGCCGCCGGGAUGCGCAGCGCACGGAGCGGCCCGGCAGCGGCACCGGCAGCACCGGCACCGGAACCGGUACCGGCCCUAGCGAGGGCGAGGGCGAGCGGGAGCGCAUCCGCGGCCGCAUGAGGAUGGUGAUCGGGCAGCUGGAGGGCAUCCUGCGGGAGCUCAAGGAGGUGGCCAAGGAGCUCCGCGAGGUCGUUUCCCAGAUCGACCGCCUGACGUCGGACUUUGCUCUGGACCUGGAGCCGGACGCUUGGACUCCGGCCACGGCCAGCAGCACGUCCAGCAGUGACCGGGGCGGCGCCAGCCUCGAGCUGGGCCCGCUGGACUUCGCCGCCUCCGACGUCCUCUCGGACAGCUGGGAAUUCUGCUCCUUCCUGGACGCCUCCACUCCCUCAGACCCCGGCGAUUGUCCGGAGCCGCCGCGGCCGCCGCCGGCCCGGCUGAUGAACGGGGGGGUCCCCUUGGCCAACGGCCCCCGCGGGGGCGGGGGGACCCCGGAUUCCUCCAGCGAGGAAUGCUUCGGGAGCGCCGCCGUUCCCAAAAUCCCGGCGCAGCGGCCGGCGGGGACGCGGGAGCGCGUCCGCUUCAGCGACAAGGUGCUCUACCACGCCCUGUGCUGCGACGACGACGGCGACAACGAUGCCGGCGCCGAUGCUCCCGACGAUCCCGCCAGGAAGGGGCCUCGGGAGCAGCUCCCGAGGAAUCCGGGCACGAUCCCGAUCCGCAGGGCCACCAGGAACAGCAGCACCCAGACCGUGGCUGAUAAGAGCACGCAGACGUUGCUGCCGUACAUCCCGGCCAGGCAGAGAAUUCCCAACAAAAACUGAGCCCAGAUCCGGGUUUGGGAAGGGUUUUGGGGAAGGGGGAAAAUCCCUGGAAAAGGGGCUGGAAAAGAUCUAUAU